GCAAUGAGAUCCCGAAGCCAAAGGGUUUAUCUACGGCUCUUUCUUGAUCACUCGUCGCCCCAGAUCACUUAGCCAAAGCUCGUUUUUCUGUCUUACACAAUGUUUGUUCGUCUCUUGUCCAUCACAUCUCUCUUCCUUCUCGCAAUCGCCAAUCCCCUUGUUCACCGCGGAAGCAGCCAGUGUGACACGGGCAACAUCCAGUGCUGUCAAGAGACUCAGACAGUCGAUGAGUACAAUAAGAACGCGACGACACAUGGAAAGAUUCCCAUUGACAUUGACAUCCUCGGUCGUGUUGGUCUUGGCUGCUCCCCAAUCACUAUUGUCGGCGCUGGUGCUGGCGCGACCUGUUCUCAGGAACCACUCUGCUGCAGCGAUAAUCAAUACUACGGGCUUAUCAACAUCGGCUGCACGCCCAUCAACAUCUACAUCGAUUGAGUUUUGAAGGUGACGGAGGAAUGCGGUUGGAAUGCGGGAGAUCAUCGAGCGCAGCUAUGGACAGUCGAUGUUAGUUUGUUACAGUUUUCUUGAGGCUUAAAGAUGUUUGGUAUUAGCAAUGUGAUGUUUUUUGUGUCGAGUUAA